AUGUGUGACGCCGACUGGCCGAUCUCCUUCGAGAGUCACCUGUACGACUCACAGCUGCUGGCUGCCUUGAGGGGGACGCUCAAAUAUAUGCUCGAAGGCUCGUACAUCAGCAAGAGCACCGCGGACAAUAUAAUGCGCGAAGCAGCAGAACUCUAUCACCGCCUGCUGCGAUUGAACUACGUUAAGCUUCCGAGCCACUACAUGAUGGGACGCCUGCAGCAAUAUCACCAUAACAAACACGCGUGGUACUUCACCGUAUACAACCCUAUUGUAUGCCUGGGAUACGAUCAAGCGUCGUUAAGCGCCCCGGUCAACACCGUCGUCGUCGACGAGAAUUACAGUCACCAGGAUCCAGCGCGUAUUACGAGCGACCAGCCACUGUCCGACGCCCGUGCGGCGUUUUGUUACCCCGGCUACGUGAAGAUCAAGGCGGUCAUUCCCUACGUCGAACCAGAUUCCUCAUGA